UCAGAAUCAACCCGGAAACCGACCACUUGGACCCCACGACGAUAGAUCAUCUCUCAGAAGGAUAGAAAAUUCAACUCUGUGUCUAUUCUUCCCUUCCGUUCAGCCAUAUCGCACCGAUCAGCGAUUGCCCGACCGAAAGCGACCGGAAAUUCGCACAAAUCCGAUCUGCGACCGCGCGCAGCGCCUCUUCUCCCAACCUCCUACGCAUACUCUCAACCGCCAUCACGGGCUUGGAGUCACUCGCAAAGGACAGCUCAUAGACUGGCGGGGACCGGAUACCUGACAGUUGGAACCGCUAUGAGGUGAGGCCGUACCGACGCCGAGCGCGCUCUCGAGGUGGGCAGUGGGGAGGGAGAAGAGGGAGACGGACAGUUAGCGAUCCAGUGGUGAACGCGACACGGGCGAAAACGAAAAAAAAAAAUAAAACACACAGGAACACUCAUCUGUUGACUGGCGCCUUGACACACCGCAACGAUGGCGGAGAGUGAUGCGGCCAAGGCCGACCCCGAGGCACCGACGGCGCCGGGCGGCACGCCGCCUGCUAGCGACGAUGACUGGGAACGCCAGAAGCAUGAGGAUAACGAGACCAUGAAGAAGCUGCUUGCCCAGGACUCCAACGGACAGGUUAAUAUUCUACCCCAGGAGUACAUGAAUGCGGAUUACAGGUUCGACCAGAGCGGAAAGGCCGACGAUGCCGAAGACUUCGAGGAUAUCAGCGAUGACGACCUGCCCGAGGAGGAGGAGACGGCUGGGACCCAGACUGCAUCGGCUGAGCUGCCUGGCUUGACGGACGAUGGCGGCACGAGCAAUGACAACGAUGAUCUCUGGGGUGAAGGCGAGGGUGACGGCGAUGCUGAUCUUGGUCCGUCGUCGCCAUUAAUCGGAGCGCCAUCAUCACCCCCGCCUGAAGCAACUGACGAUGCCGAUGCCGAUACUAUGGAUACAAGUCCCGACGCGAAGGAAAGGGAAGACUCGGCGCCGUACAAGCCCAGCGAUUUUGACAUCAACUUCCCUACUGCAGACUAUUCACUCAACCAGGACCCAAGCAUCCCUGCGGUUGCGCAAACCGAACUGGAGCUUGUCAAGUCCGUGUGGCCUACGUUUGAUACGGGUACACAGUUUGACUGGAAUCGGCUCCUUCCACCUAAGAAGGCAACCUGGGUGGGCAAGAAGCCGACGCGUGCUCCAAAACCUCUGGCCCCUACAAAGCUCAGUUUGGAUCUUGAUGUAGACCAGGAGAAAACCUUCCGUGUGCCGGGUCCAGCUGCGGGAACAACUCGACAGAAGAUCCGCGAUGCCGAAGCUAAGGGCCUCGUCUCGUGUCUUGUUCCAGAGCCCAUCGAAGAGGCCGACAUCACCAUCUUUAGUAGAGAGUUGGAUGACGACAACGAAGUGGUAGGAGGGUUCACUCUGGCUGAUAUCGAAACCAUCUGCUUUGAUUUCGAAUCCAUGAUUGAUGCUGGGCAGCCGAUUUCGCCACCGCUCACGCCUACCUUGAAUGCUCACGGCGAUGAUGAGGAUGACUGGGACAAGAUGUUCCUGGAUCCGCAGCCUGCAGCCAAGCGCCGCAAGAUCGAGGUCGAAAGGGGGCUACCGAGGAUACCACGGUUUGUGGCACCCAGCUUUGACCAGUUCGAGGAGGCCACGGCCAGGGCAGCCAAGCGCGUGCAUCUCGACUUUGCAGACCCCCACCUUCUCAUUGAAGAGCAGACUGUCAAGCAUCGCAAGCUGAACAAUACCAAGGCAGCUAAUGGCCGCCUCGGGCGUAACGCCCUGUCUCGCUUCAACUUUGCCAAUGAUGAACAGUACGAGAACCUCAAGCUCAACCACAAACACAAGGUCCGCGCCACCAUUGGAAACAUGGCAGUUGAGCACAGUAUACCCGCCAUCAAGCUUCUGUGGCCGUACUACUCGGUUAAGCCGGAAGCCAUCCAGCCCUACGACUACCACAGGCCACUCUUGCAGACCAACAAGGGCGCAGGUGACUGGGUCAGGUUUGCGCAGCCGACCAAGCGGAAGCGCAAGAUCGAGAAGAACCGCAAGGUUCAAGAGACGUUCUCUUCUUCCAAGGACCUCACGCUCAAUGACAACUCAUACGUGGUGCUCUUUGAGUAUUCUGAGCAGAUCCCCACAGUACUCUCCAAGUUUGGCAUGGGUAACAAGAUCGUCAAUCACGCGCGGAAAAGAACAAACACCGAAGACGAAUCAUCCGUCGUCGACAAGAAGAUAUAUGAGCUUGGCGAGGAGAAUAUCCUCACCACCGAGGACAAGUCUCCAUUUUCAACCUUUGGACGUGUUGAGCAGGGCGAGGUGGUGCCGACCCUUACGAAUGCGAUGUAUCACGCUCCCAUCUUCAAGCAUCAACCGAGGAAAACAGACUUCAUACUCGGGCGCAGCACCACUGGUAAAGAAGGACCAUUCUACUACCUCCGCAAGAUCGACCACCUCUACGUUGUUGGUCAGAACUUCCCUUCGAUGGAGGUUCCUGGUCCUCACUCGCGAAAGGUGACGACUCUCAGCAAGAACCGUAUGAAGAUGAUUGCAUAUCGGUUGAUUCAUUCCAAGGGGGCGGUUGAGCUCCCCGAGAUGACGAAACACGUCAAAGGGUCCACAGAUCCUCAAAAUAGGCAAAAGCUCAAGGAAUUCUUGUCAUAUGACAAGAAUAUCAAGGCCUGGAAGAUAAAGGAGUCCGACACCCUCCUGGACAAGGACUCGAUCGACAAGAUGAUCAAGCCCGAGGAUGUUUGUCUCAACGAUGCGCAUCAGGUGGGCGCAGGUGAACUCCUUAUUAAUGGGUACACUGUGUCCAAGGUUGAGGAAAACGACCAUGACCUUGAUGAUGGCAACGAGCAGUCGUUCGCCAAGUCCAUGUCGCCCUGGAAUACCACCAAGGCCUUCAUCGACGCAUGCGCUGGCAAGGCAAUGGUACGCCUGCGCGGGCCUGGCGACCCGACCGGACAUGGUCUCGGGUUCAGCUUCAUAAAGACCUCUAUGAAGGGUGGCUAUAUGGAGGCGCUGCAGAAGGACCGCGGCCCGGGCAACACUGCCAACGACGCUAUGACGAUCGAGGCGCAGCGUAAAGAUGCCAACGGGCACUCUUACAACGUGAAACAGCAAGAGGAGCUGUAUAACAAGGAGAUCGGGGAAAUCUGGACCAAGCAGAAGAUGACGCUCUCCGACCCCAUGGAGCAUGACGACGAAGACAUGCAGAAGAUGGAUGACGAGGACGACAGGUUCUACGGGAACGGAAACGUCAGCGCCAACGCCUCUUUUGCACAGAGCGGCAACUUUGGCGGCUCGCAGGCGCCAGCCUCGAGCGUCAUGCCGCCAACGCCCGGUGGUAUUGGUGGCAGCACCGUAAUAGAUGACAAGACGAGCGUGUUUAGUCGACGCAGCGCGACUGAAAUCGGCGGUGCUAGCGGCGUCGGCGGUGGAAGGAAGAAGAUGCUCAAGAUUUACAGGAGGAUGGCUGACGGUAGCGAAGAGACGGUGGAGAUGGUGUUUGACGAGAAGGUCAUGAAGCGAUACAUUGACCAGAGAAGGGAGGCUAGGUCGAACGAGAUUGAUGUCUUCAGCGAGAACAUAGGGUUCACCAACGACGAAGAGUACAAUGCGGCCAUGAUACAGCGCAUCAACCAAGAGCAAGCACGCCUCAUCCGCAACAAGGAGCGACGUCUCCAGCGGGAGAAGAGCAAGAGCAAGCUCGGUCCCUCUGUUACUGCGGCACGUGCCAGCACUCCCAGCGGCGGGCCCAACGACCCAGACUCGCCCGCUCCGAGCAUCGAGAAGGGUGCUGGUGCACCUGCUGGCGGCACGUCUAGGAAGUGCGCCAACUGUGGGCAGGUGGGACAUAUCAAGACCAACAAAAAGCUAUGCCCGCUCUUGAACGGCACCUGGACAAAAGAAUCUGGCGGCCACGAAGAAGCCGGCGGAUUCAACGAUGCAUGAUGAAAAGAAAGCAACCAACUAGCUUGCGAUGGAAUCACCGCUCAAUGCGGUCAUUCACGGCACGCUAGAGAACUCACUCAUGGGUAUAGGCGAUCAAGCGCAACACCUUGUUCUUGCGAACCCAUUCCAAACGAACAAAUAGGGUUCUACAACGACACACGACGCGCCUAAACGCGCAAAAGCACCUGAGCUGGCCAAACAUCAAAUCAUCCGAAUCUCCUUACCCGAAAAUACCCCACCGACCUAUCGCAUACAAUCCUCACUCACAACUUUGGCCGUCUUUGCUUCUUGGGUACCUUAUCGAAAUCGCUCUAGGGCUCAGAGGCAAGGUGGAACUCUGGGGCUAAUGGCCUCUGUCGGCGCCAAACUCAAAUGAGCUGGUCGCUGGAAAACGAAAGAGGCUUGCCCUCAAUCUGUACCUGUACUUGUGUUGUCCCUCCAUCAUUUCAGUCAAGAUUUGUAAAGUGGAAGAACAGGCUCCCAUUCGUUUUGUCUUUUUUUUUUUCUUCCCAUUGCUUUCCAACCCAAACUCAUCCCGAAGCCCUCUCUUAUUUCUCCCUAUGCCGGUCUUGGUGGCUGCAGUGCUGUUAUCCAGAGCUACGGCACAUUUCUUUCUUCUCAUCAUGGGGUAAAGGUACGGGAAGGGGGAUGAGAGCUUUUUAUCUCUGAAGAACAAAAACAGGAUCAUUCAAUGAUUCCUAAACAUGUCGGAGAAAAGACAUAGCACGCGCAGGGGGAGAGUGGGUUGGCAUCGCGUUGCAAUAAUGAACGUGGCCCGUAGAUGCAGGCUUGCAACAACAACAACAACAAAAGAAAAUAGCGAAACAAGGAAGUUUCUCAGAUGCGCGAGCAUACCAAAAAUAUAUAUUAAUGACACCU